CUCAGCAAUUCUCUUUCUUCAACAUUAUUUCCUUUUUCUUUUCUUUUCUGAUAAUAUUUUGCCCUGCAUUCUAAAUGAUGCUCGAUGCUUCCAGAAUCUAAGAUGGCAGCGGCAUAGAUUCCCGGCAUCUAAUCAGCCUCAUGGUAGCCUGUUUUUGACUAGUAGUUGGAUCCGCUUGCCCUGUGUCUGUCCUGUAACUCUUCUUGACUUCCGCCUCAUCCCCCUUCCUUUCUCAUAGCUACCAGCUUUCCGUGGUUACUAUUCCUCCCCCUUGCUUCAGCCGUAGUCAUUCCAAAGCCGGGCAUCUCUGCCACCUUCACCCGCAAUCCUUCACCACUUGCUUUGGCAAUACAACAAGCAGAUUCAAGUCUUCUUUCUUGUUCAGUGUGGCCUUUUCUGCAGCUCCAAUUCUACUUCCUUGGUGGAGUUCUGCUGCAGAUCCUACAAGUUGCCAGCUCUCGAUUACUUGCUGAUACGAGGAGCUGGUGCGGGAAUUCCUAGCUUUCGUAUGGAGGGACACAUGACAACCAGAAUCCCCAUCAAUCUCCUCUUAUCUGUCCUUCCCAUGGCCUCAGAAAGAUCGAGCACGGCCAUGUAGUUCCAAUCGGAAUUCCCGGCCGUCUACAGCGCUUGACUGUCGAUGUCACUCGCUUGCUGCCUGCCUAUCGUCGAGUGCGUGUACUGCCUUGCGUGCGCCCGCUGGGCCUGGAAGCGCCUCCUCCACAGCGCAGGCCAUGACAGCGAGACCUGGGGCCUGGCAUCGACCGUCGAGUUCGAGCCCGUGCCUCGACUCUGCCGGUACAUCCUCGCGGUCUAUGAGGAUGACCUUGAUCACCCCCAGUGGGCACCACCGGGAGGCUAUGGCAUCGAUACCCGGUCCGUCGUCCUUCGCAAGACCUAUGAGGACACCCAUGGCCAUGCUCCACCGUAUUUGAUCUACGUCGAUCACAAAAAUUCCGAUAUCGUGCUCGCGAUAAGAGGCUUUAAUUUUGCUCAAGAGGGUGACUAUGCCUUGUUGCUGGAUAAUGGGCUCGGAAAGAGGAAAUUUUCUGGUGGCUAUGUUCACAAUGGGCUAUUGACAGCAGCUGUUUGGGUAUUUGAUGCUGAAUGCAAAAUUUUGAGGGAAUUGUUGGAGAAGUAUCCAGAGUACACUCUUACAUUCGCGGGGCAUUCUCUGGGUUCUGGUGUUGCAGCACUGCUGGCAAUGGUGGCCGUUCAUAAUCUGGAUAAAUUGGGGGAUGCAGAGAGGAAGAGAAUGAGGUGCUUCGCAAUUGCGCCUGCAAGAUGCGUCUCACUCAACUUGGCUGUCAGAUAUGCGGAUGUUAUCAACUCGGUUGUUCUUCAGGAUGAUUUUCUGCCUCGAACAGCUACACCUCUUGAGGAUAUAUUCAAGUCACUUUUCUGUUUACCAUGCCUGUUAUGUCUAAGAUGCAUGGCAGACACUUGCAUACCAGAAGAUGCAAUGUUAAGAGAUCCACGGAGGCUCUAUGCACCAGGAAGGCUGUACCACAUUGUUGAAAGGAAGCCGCUCAGAUGUGGAAGAUUUCCACCAGUUGUUAGAACUGCUGUGCCUGUGGAUGGAAGAUUUGAGCACAUUGUUCUUUCCUGCAAUGCCACGUCCGACCAUGCCAUUAUUUGGAUAGAGAGAGAAGCUCAAAAGGCCUUAGAUUUGAUGCUGGAGAAGGAAAGGCUCAUGGUGAUCCCUCCGAAGCCACGGAUGGAGCGCCAGAAGACGAUCGACAGGGAGCACAGCGAGGAGCAUGAGGCUGCACUCCGGCGUGCUGUCAUAAUGGCUGUGCCAGAUGCGUACUUGCCAUCAACAUACGGCACAUUCAAUGACCAAUCCACCGGAGGUGCCAGCGAGCUUCAUUCAGCACCAUCUAGCAGCGAGACGCAUAGUUCGAAGUUGGCCGAGUGGAUUAAACAGGUCUUCGAGAAGGAUGAGUCUGGCGAAAUGGUGUUCCGUAAAUAAAUAAUGUACAUACAAUGUAUGUUCAUUGGACAAGUCAUAAUUACGGGGUAUUCAUCUCUCACCACCAUUUUGGAGCUUCUAAAUGGUCAUCGGAUGCCUAAUUAAGAAACAGAGUAAUUGAAUAAAAGCAAGAAUGUUUUGAUAUCAC